GAUGAUGAUGUCACCAAUUCGCUGCAUGAUGAUGAGCUAAGCGUUUGCCGGUCUGACAUUGACAGCAUGAGUGGGGUGAACAGACUGUGCGUCCGGCUAGGACGGGUUGCCCGGUGUUGGGCAUCGCCUGUCCGUGUCAGUCAGAUGGGAAUACGGCGGCACUUCCACACUGAUCCGCGGAGCCAAGCCUACGCCAAGCAGCUUUUCCUGGGGUCCAUAAGCAAGGAAGAAGUGUUUCCAUAUCCAGAGAUCAGUAAGGAUGAACUGGAAGAAAUUAAUCAACUUGUAGAGCCUGUGGAUAAAUUCUUCAAUGAAGAAGUUGAUUCUAAAGCGAUCGAUCAUAAUGCUAAAAUCCCUCCUGAAACAUUGAAAGGGUUGAAGGACCUCGGCCUGUUUGGCAUGCAGAUUCCUGAAGAAUAUGGAGGACUCGGAUUAUCAAACACUAUGUACGCCCGGCUGGGAGAGAUCACAUCCCUGGAUGGUGCAAUUGCUGUGACUUUAGCUGCUCACCAAGCCAUAGGACUUAAGGGAUUACUGAUUGCCGGCAAUGAUGAGCAGAAAGCCAAAUAUCUGCCUAAACUGGCAUCGGGAGAACACAUUGCUGCCUUUUGCCUCACAGAGCCUGGAAGCGGGAGCGAUGCUGCAUCUAUAAAGUCUAAAGCCACCCUGAGUGCUGACGGCAAACACUAUCUGCUGAAUGGUUCCAAGAUCUGGAUCUCAAAUGGGGGUCUGGCAGAUAUAUUCACAGUGUUUGCAAGGACAGACGUUGUUGACAAAGAUGGAGUCACAAAGGAUAAAAUAACAGCCUUCAUAGUGGAACGAGCUUUUGGUGGUGUUACCCAUGGAAAACCAGAAGAUAAGCUUGGAAUCAGAGGAUCAAACACAUGUGAGCUUCAUUUUGAAAACACCAAAAUUCCUAUUGAGAAUGUAAUUGGUGAAGUUGGAGGUGGCUUUAAGGUUGCAAUGAACAUUCUGAACAGUGGGCGCUUCAGCAUGGGGAGUGCCUCAGCUGGGAUAAUUAAGAAGUUGAUUGAAAUGACAGCGGAAUAUGCCUGCACACGGAAGCAGUUUAAUAAGAAGCUGAGUGACUUUGAAUUAAUACAGGAGAAAUUUGCUCUCAUGGCGGAGAAGGCAUAUGUAAUGGAGAGCAUGGCUUACCUCACUGCUGGCAUGAUGGACAGACCAGGGUUUCCAGAUUGCUCCGUAGAAGCGGCCAUGGUCAAGGUUUUCAGCUCAGAAGGGGCGUGGCAGUGUGUCAGCGAGGCACUGCAAAUCCUCGGUGGCUUGGGAUAUAUGAAAGACUACCCAUAUGAACGCUAUCUUCGAGACAGUCGAAUUCUUCUUAUAUUUGAGGGAACAAAUGAAAUACUGCGGAUGUAUAUUGCUCUUACAGGAAUGCAACACGCAGGAAAAAUCAUGGCUGGCAAGAUAAAGGAACUGAAGGGUGGAAGUCUUUCUGUGGCCCUAGACUUUAUCGGUAGGCGUUUAAGAUCCAAUUUUGGAAGAAAAGUCAAUUUAGGAUUAACGGGACGUGAUGGAGUUGUUCACCCGAGUCUGGAAGAGAGUGCAAAGAAGCUGGAACAGAGUACAUAUAACUUUGGCAAUACUGUGGAAAGUCUGCUGUACAGGUUUGGAAAGACCAUUGUGGAUGAACAGCUUGCACUAAAGAGAGUGGCGGAUAUUGUUAUUAAUCUGUAUGCAAUGACAGCUGUGAUCGCCAGAGCCAGUCGCUCUAUCAGCAUUGGUCUUCGCAACCAUGAUGAUGAAGUGCUGAUUGCAAACCUGUUCUGCUCCCAGGCGUACUUCAGUAACGCCUUUAUGAUGAGUCAGCUGGGAAAACAUUGUCCUGAAAAUCAGGAUGACAGUAUUCGGAAAAUAGCAAAACAUGUCCUGGAGAACCGUGCCUACACAUGUUCCCACCCUCUGGACAGGACCUUCUGAAAACUGAGCCAAAUUAGAGUGAAAUGCUGCAAGAGGACUCCAUAGCUUUAUUCUGAAGUGCUUACAAUUUCAGCCUGGUUUGCUGCUAGACUUUAAUACAGUAAUACAUUUUAUAUGAUUGCUUAUUAAACCACAUUACUUGUUUUUUACUGUUUAUAAUACCAUAGUUGUUAUAAAUAAUGAACAUACGUUGUUUUAUAAAAUCCUGUUUGUUUAAAGCCAGAGCUUGAGAUUCUAUUCACACUUCUGUAUAAAUAAACUAAUUAUCAAAAGAA